AACAUUUCUACUGAUAACAAAUUCUUUAAAAUUAAAACCACAAAACAAGUCUUUGCUAGAGGAACACAAAGUGAAGUUUGAAAACGUGGCACAGAAUCCAAUUGAAGAAAUCGCUCGUCCACCGUCUGGUUAUUAUCAAGUUACUGAAAAAGGUCCACAGUACAUUGGUUAUACUUCUCAAAACCCAAACUUCUACCAGCCUCAACCAGCAACUGAAAAAGAUCCAAUGUAUAAUCCACAGAACAUAGAAUAUACUUCUCAAAAUCCAACCUUCUACCAGUCUCAACCAGUUCCUUAUUCUUCAAAUCCACAAAAUGUUGGUUAUCAAACACCCUACUAUUAUCCAUAUCAAGCAACUGUUAUUACAAAUCCACAAACAGAGGCUAUUUCAUCUUUUCCACUUUAUUCAGGACCACCACCAAAUAGUUAUAGUAUACUUGCAUGGUUAACUUGUUUGUUUUGCUGUUGGCCAUGUGGUCUUUUUGCUAUUGUUAAAUCAAUAGAGGUCAAUACUGCUAUUGCUGAAGGUAAUCUCAGUAGGGCUAAAUUUGCUUCCGAUAAUGCAAAAAGAUAUGGUUUUUUAUCCUUACGUUUGGGAAUUUUUUUUCAUGGAGCAUGGAUUCUGUUUCUUACAUUGUAUUUAACAGUUGUUUUGCCGAAAGUUAAUAGUGUUUUCAAACAUUAGCAAUUUUAAGUUACAAAUCGACCAAAAGUCUUUAUUAAUUAAGUAGUUAUUAACUACGUUAUGGAUUCAUAACUCAAAUUUCUUUUUAUUUUGCUGAUUUGGAUGAGUAUUAAGUAUUUAUUUAUAUAAAUACUAUUUAUAUUUAAGUAUUUGUAUGAGUAUUUAUCUAAUAUUAUUUUAUUUAUAAAGGGUACAUUAUAGAUGAUGCAU